AUGGAUCCAUAAACCAAACCAGAUUAAGUUUUAAAGAUCUUACUCCUUGGAAGCCCUUGUGUAGGUAAAUCAGCUAUCUUUGCGAGAUACACCAAUAAUGACUUUAUUGAAAAUUAUAGUCCUACACCAGGUCUGGAUUUUCAAUAAAGGCUUAUAGAAUUGAAUGGUUUAAAGCUGAAGUUAUCUAUUUUGGACACAGCAGGAUCUGAGGAAUUUUUGGAGACAACAAGUUAAUAUCUUAAUGGUGCUCAUGGAGUCUUUAUAGUCUAUGAUGUAACUAAUAGGAAGUCAUUUGCUAAUUGUUCUAAGUGGAUUUAAGUGGUUGAUAAUUAUCCAAAUAAAAGAAUAGUAAAAAUGCUGGUUGCCAACAAAUCUGACAAUGAAGAUAAGAGAGAAGUAAAAUACGAAGAAGGAUAUGAAUUCGCUGAUGAAAAAGAAAUGCCUUUUAUAGAAACCUCUGCAUUAAGCGGUAGUAAUAUUACACAAGCAGUUUAGAAUUUGUCCACCUCUAUUUUAGUAAAAUUAGGAGUAAUCAAAGAAUAAGCAGCUCCAUAAGACUGA